CUACUACUCGCAGUUGCCUCGGAAUUGGCGCUCUCGGCGUCCUCCUCUCCUCGGCGUGGAGAGAGAAGGAGCAGAUCGCUCUCCCCUCUGGAUAGGCGAGGCGAGGAGAGGAGGCGACGGCCGCGAGCGCGAGGCGAGGCUUCCGACUCGAGCAAGGAGAUCCCACUGCUCCAACCAGAUCAGGUGAUGGGUGGGGAAUCUACAGGAAACACGACCUCCAUUCCCCAAUGGGAGAAGCCACUGUUCCCCUCAGUAUCCAUGUUACUCUGAGCUACUGAGCUCUCUGCUAAGUUGGUGCCUCAGCUGUGUAUCUUGCAGCAAGAGUGUUCUAGCCUUCUAGGCUGCCAAGAUGAAGUCCAAUGCGGUUACCUCCAAAGGCAAGGCCGUGUUCGAGCUGAAGCACAGGCUGGUCCAGGCCAUCAACAAGAUUGCAGACAGGGACACCUACCAGAUUGGAUUGGAUGAGCUUGAGAAGGCCGCUGACACCUUGCCUCCUGACAUGGUUGGUCCCUUCUUGUCUUGCGUGGUUGACACCGAUGCCGAGCAGAAGAGUGCGGUGAGGAAGGAGUGCAUCAAGGUGAUUGGCACAUUGGCUCGGUCCCAUGGAAGCCUAGUGGCACCUCACAUGACGAAGAUGGUGACCAGCAUUGUCAAGCGCCUCAAGGAUGCUGACUCUGUUGUGAGGGACGCCUGUGUUGAUACCUGUGGUACCCUCGCAUUGUGUGCUAGAGGCUAUGGGGAUGGUGGCGCUGCAUUGGUUGCGUUGGUGCGGCCCUUGUUUGAAUCACUUGGUGAGCAGAAUAGGUAUGUUCAGGCUGGGGCAGCGUCUUGCUUGGCCAAGGUUAUUGACGAGAGCAAUUACUUCCCUGGCCCUGUUCUGCCGCAGAUGCUUGUUCGUGUUGUUAAACUGCUCAAGAAUCCCCAUUUCAUGGCAAAGCCUGCAGUGAUUGAGUUGAUCAGAAGUAUUAUUCAGGCUGAAGGUGCUUCUACAGAGCAGUCUUUAACAUCUGCUCUAACAAGUAUUAUGGAUGCCCUGAAGAGUAGUGAUUGGACUACAAGGAAAGCAGCUUCAAUAGCUCUAUCUAGUAUUGCUCUCAGUUCUGGAUAUCUGGUUGCCUCCUUUAGAACUUCCUGCCUUCGCUCCCUUGAACGUUCUAAAUUUGACAAGGUCAAACCAGUGCGUGAUGCAAUUACCCAAGCCAUUCAGUUGUGGAAGGUUAUUCCAGGGUCUGAUACUCCCGAGCCAUCAGAAGCUGGAUCAUCCACAAAAGAAAACUUCUUUGGUGACCAUCAUGAUGGUAGAAGUAUAAAUGAUGGUGGAUCACGAGACACUUCUUUCAGGAGAGUUGAUCCUGCAUCUUCUGUUUCUGCAAUCAGUGGCAAUUCUAUUACUUCAUCAAAGAAGAGAUCUCCUCUGUCUAUCAAUAAAAUAGCCCUGAAUAAUGCUGCAAAUCAGCAACGCUCGAAGUUGAGCGAUUGGCAUGUUGAGAUAUCUGUUCCUAAGCAGAAUAUGAUACCAUUAGUUGAUUUUGAAGAAAAGGUGUCUGGCAAUGGUUCCAUGCUAAAGGGUUCAAAUAGAAGUCCAUAUGAAAUCGUAGACAAUGACAGCAAGUAUGAGUAUGACCCCAUGGAUGAUAAACAAGAUUGCUCCUCUAUGUCAGAAGUAGCCAGCAGGAGUUGUGAGACAAAGCAUGUCACUUCUGCUCAGGAAUGCGUUGAGGAUUGUGAUUCUGCAAGAGACAUUGAGCAAUUCCCCAGGGCUCAAAAGAGUAAGAGCAUAGACUCCACUGUUACAGAUAUCACUUCACAUGGGACACAUACUUGCUGUUUGGGUGCAAUGAAAGAACUAUCUCAUAUCAGGAAGCAGCUUCAAGAGAUGGAGAGGAAGCAAGCAAAUAUCUUUGAUAUGUUGCAGGAAUUCAUGUCUAACUCAGUGGAGAACAUGUCAGUAUUAAGCAUGAAAGUGCAUAAUUUGGAGAAUGCUGUAGACAAAACUGUGUAUACAAUUACUCAAAGUGAAAGCCGCUAUCACCUUCCUGGUUCCAAGUUUAUUAAGAACCAAAGUGCCACUUCUUCACCGAGGGUUUCUACUUCUACACCUAGAUCAUCUGUGGAUGCUAACUAUAAGCCACCACCAAUUCCUCAUUUGAAACAAGAGAAAAAGUGGAUGCAAGAUCAACCAUCAAAGGGCUUAAACAUGGGUGUAAAAGAGGGGGAAUUUCUAAAGAGUCAUACUCAUGACAAAACUAGAAAGCCUGGGGUUGUGAGAUCGGAAAGUGCUCUGGGAAGAUAUGUUCCAAGCUCAGCAAGGACUCGAGCAUCAGGGGUUAAGGGAAACUUUCCAGUUUCACUUACCAAUUCCUGUGAGCAGCCUGAGCUGCAAAAUGCAUUGCGUGCUUCUAAAGAAUUUGAUGGUAAUGAUGACAUGGCGUCUGCAUAUGUAGAAGCCCUGAACAGUGGUGACUGUGAUUAUCUGAUUGACGUAAUGGAUAGAACUGGACCUGUUCUUGAGAAAUUGUCACGUGAAACAACAAGUGAACUUUUGAGGGUUAUAGCUGGCCAGUUUCUGAAUAAAAAAAUGUUUGAUUUGGCAUUGCCUUGGCUUCAACAGGUAGCGGAUUUGAGCAUGAUUUAUAAGCCAAGUCAACUUUUUGUGUCUGUGAGAGCACAGAAGGAGUUCCUUGCUUUAUUGGAGGAAGCUGCAACAAGUGGAUCUACAGAGCCAGCAAUCAGAAUUGCCAUUGCACAGCUUGCAUUUAAACUGACAAAAGUCUGUGAGGUUGCACCAUGCAGGAAAGUUUUGAGUAGAGUGUGCAGAGGAAAUGAAACUAUCAUGGCCACUGCGAUGUGAAAUACUUCCCCUAGCAAUGUACCCCCUAGUGUAUGUUCAAACUUCAAUGUCAUGCUGCAGUGAUUGAGUGCACCCAUUUCAUUUUGUUGUAGCCCUGUAAUCUGUGUGACAAUGUAUACUCGGUUUGGGUACUAUGUGCAAGACUAGAUGAGUUCUGCAAAUUCAUCUAUAGUUUGCUAGUUAAGCUUGGAUCUUCUGUUGCUAGGAAACGGCUGUUUUUAGCUGUGUUGUGAGAUUUGGUCUCAUAAGUAGUGAUCAUUGAGCUUGUGAAUUCAUGUUUUGUCAUCUUACAAAAGGGAAUUCAUGCUAUGUCA